AUGGCGCCUCCCGCCUCUGCAUCGGCGCGGCCGCUAUCCCUCCCCCUCACCGUACCUCUCUCCCGUUACCGCUCCCAUGUGCUCCCCGCAACCUGCUAUCGCGUCUUCCCCCGGCGCCGCGUCGCGCUCGCGCCGGCCCGGCCUGGCGCCGCGCUCCUAUCCAGCCUCAGUGACGCGCGGGAGGACGAGGAGGAGGAAGAGGAAGGGGAUUUCUAUGAGGAGCAUGAGCAACAGGAAUACGACGGUGAGGAGGAGGAACAGGGUUACGACGCGGAGAACGAGGAGCUGGUCGAGGUGGGAUACGUGUCCGGCGCGCACGGGGUGCGCGGCGACGUCCUCGUCACGCCACGCACCGACUUUCCGGAGCUCCGCCUCGCCACGCCGGGGACGAGAUGGCUGAGGGCUCGGGCUGCUGGGAAGCAGCAGGUCAGGGAAUUCAAGCUUGUUCGGGGAAGGGCCCACACGGGGAAGAAGAGUUGGAUAGUCAGCUUUGAUGGCGUCGAUAACCUGGACGAGGCUAGGCAAAUAGUUGGUUCGGCUGUACUUGUGAAAGCUGGAGAUAGGCCAGAAAUUGAGGACGAUGAAUUCUAUUCACUUGACCUUGUUGGAAUGAGAGUUAUUGUGAAGGAUACAGGCAAGCUCGUUGGAACAGUUGGUCAGGUUUUCAAUUUCGGAGGUGGAGAUCUUCUACAGGUGAUGAUUGGCUCUGCUGAGGGUACUGCUGUUGAUCAAGAUUCAGAAAGUCAAGAUUCAAUUUCAUCACGUGAGCAUGUGUGGAUACCAUUUGCUGAAGAUAUUGUACCUGAUGUUGAUAUGGCAAGCAGAGAAAUGUGGAUUACACCUCCGAAGGGGUUACUUGAACUCAAUUCUCGUUCUGAUAAGAGGUCGAAGAAAGAAAGGCGUGCGAUGGAGUGGAAGGACAGGAAGAGACUUCAACGUCGUGUAAUUGCAGGAAAGAAGGUGCUCUCUGAAAUGGACCAGGUCCAUGUUCUGGAAGGUUUGGUAUCAGGGGACAAGAUCCAAAAGGCAUCACUUGCAGAGCAGAUUGGGAGCAUUGACUUUCAAUUGUUCCGACAUGCAGUGCAUUGUGCUAGCAAACAGAUUGAGAGCUCUUCAAAGAAUUUGCUGGCUAACUCUUCACUGUCAAGAAAAAAAGUGGUCAAAAUACCAUAUAAGACUCUCAUCAACCUUGGGGACAAAGCUGAACAUGCUGCAUUCAGCAGUGAAUUCAAAAAUGGUCUUGAGAUUCUUCUGAAGUCCAAAGCAGCUAUUGUACUUGUUAGAAAUGGCCCUGACUCUGAUGCCGAGUUUCUGAGUUUGCUCAAUUCUUUUAGUGAGUUAAUGAAGGUUGUAGAAAAUAAAGUUUCUCCCCCUUUUAUUAUCGUUUCCCCAGCUGGUCAUGUGGAAUCAGUUAGGAACUGCCUGGUAGAGAAUGACUAUUUUGGUUUGGACACUCAAAAGGUGUGGGUGCUGGAAGAGCUGGAGCUUCCAGUUGUCAGUAUAUCAUCCGAGGGAAACAAAAAAAAGGUUCUGAUGAAGUCUCCCUGGGAGAUAAUAAAAAAACCAGCAGGAUCCGGUGGUAUCUUCAGCUUACUAUCAUCAAACAAAAUAUUGGAAACCCUUAAUGAAAUGGGUGUGCAGUAUACACAGAUCUGCAGCUCAUCCAACAGGCCAUUCAUCGGGCACCCUUUGCUCUUUGGGGCUGUUGCUUCCCGCGGGGCUGAUGUUGGUAUCCAGCUCUCCAAGACCGGUGAUGAAACGGAAGACGAUUUCGACGUGAUCCUUUCCGUCGACCAGCUGAACAAGACGUGCCGAGAUGUCACUCAGGUCAGAUUCUCCGCUCUCCCGGAACAGAACGCGCACGGCGAGCAUGUCGACGGCCAGUGGGUCGCGGUCCAGCCGGAGGUGGCGAAUUCCCUUCGCCUGCAGGCCGAGGUUACGAGUGUCUUAAACUCUUGCGCUCCUGAUAAGCUGUGUGUCAUGGAGAUUGUUGAGCAAUAG